GAGUCCGUAUUCUUAAAAUACAAAAUUACAGAAAAUUUGAUGCUUUAACUAGAGUUAAAAGACCUUUUGCUUCACAUGAUUCCACUGAAUUCAAGCCAAAAACUUUAUACUCGUCACCAAGCCCGUUACCACCAGAACCACCGAUAGAUCCUUUACCUACCCCACCUCUGGAACCAGCUGGCAUCAAUAAUCCUAUAGAUACGUUGCCACCUCCUGAUAAGACCUGUUCUUCAAUAACUUUUCCAUGGCUUUACGGUGACCAGCCGCCACGGAUAAAGAACUACCCAUAUCCUAUACCAGAUUCAGGAAGCGAUAUAAUAUUUUCAUUGCUGGCGUUGUUACCAACAUUUAUACAGCAUGAGCUUUGUAAAUUAUUUGGUUUUCGUUUGCUGAAGGAUUCUACAUCAUCCGCGUAUUUUCCAAAAGAAUUUAUAAUAGGUGUAACAUUCGCCAUAUAUCAAGUUUGCGACGCAUUAUCAAGUCCAACAGAUCAAGAACAAUUGAAACAAAUGUUUACACCAAGGCUAUACGAUCGUUACAUUUCCGAAUUUGAAAAAAUAGAAAAAGAGAAAUCCACAAUAAAAAUUGAACUGCAAAAAAUUCACGGCUUGGGUAUUCGUGAUAUUUGGUUCACAAUUGCUCCUAAAAAGGUGAUAACAAAUCGGGACUAUAAUAUUAUUCAAUGGAUGGCUUCAAAAAUAGCAGUUCCGAAAAUUUCGGAAGGAAUGUCUAAUAUUGAACGAAAAUCUCGAAUUUCAUUUUCAGCAGCAAAAAAUUAUGCAUCGGUUAUCAAUUUUAAAGUGGACAUGGAAGUAGAUGCGGACGUUAUGUAUACGUUAAAAUCGGAACAGAAUGAGACAUUAAUUCAUGAUAAAACCAGAAGGAUUGUAUUAUUUCGAUUUGAGAGUCCAUAUUUUGAACCUACGGAAAAGAUAAGCUCGAGUAAAACAACAGACGGGCAUAGUGAUAUAACAUUAAAUUGGAAUUGGCGGGUUGGAGAUAUCGAUUAUUUAUUGGAAAAGGAAGAUUUGGAAAGCAAAGAUGAAAAAGAAUCGGUGGGUUAG